AAGGUCACGUGGCACUCUGCCUUUCAACACUUGGCACCGCCACCACUUCCGCCUACUGGUCUUCUGUCCCUCCGGCCACAGCAGCCACUGCGAUGUUUUCUGUGAGGUCCGCGGCGGCUUCCAGGCCGGUCCUCACCUGCUGCCUGCCCUGGCUGAGGCCCGGCGGGCAGCAGCUCCUUCCCCUCGCAGCCUUUCACGGCUCCGCGCGGUGUCCCGGGCCCAAAGUAGCUGUCAUUUUCUCUGGAUGUGGUGUCUAUGAUGGCACAGAAGUUCAUGAGGCCUCAGCGAUAUUAGUUCACUUGAGUCGUGGAGGUGCUGAAUUUAAGAUGUAUGCACCUGAUGUUCCUCAAAUGCAUGUUGUUGAUCAUAUCACAGGACAACCAACACAGAAUGAAAAACGGAAUGUUUUGGUAGAAGCAGCAAGGAUUGCUCGAGGCAAGAUUACUGACUUGUCAAAACUUAGUUCAAAGGACUAUGAUGCUGUUAUCUUUCCUGGGGGAUUUGGAGUUGCCAAAAACCUGUGUACAUUUGCAGUCGAUGGAAAGGAUUUUAAAGUCAAUAAAGAUGUUGAACGAAUACUAACCCAGUUCCAUAAAGAAGGGAAACCAAUUGGCUUGUGCUGCAUUUCACCAAUUCUUGCAGCCAAAGUACUUACAGGUACAGAAGUGACGAUAGGACAUGAAGAAGAGGAAGAUGGGAAGUGGCCUUAUUGUGGGACUGCAGAAGCCAUUAAAGCCUUAGGAGCAAAGCACUGUGUGAAAGAAGUAACUGAAGCUCAUGUGGACAUCAAGAACAAAGUGGUCACGACGCCAGCCUUUAUGUGUGAAACAGCAUUGCACCUUAUUUUUGAUGGGCUUGGGAUAAUGGUACAGAAUGUGUUGAAACUAACUAAAAAAUAAGAAUCCAGAUUCUCAGUAACAAUGAAAGACUUGAGUGCUUCAAUUCUGAGUGGAACAAUAUCAGACAGAGAGUACUUUGACCUGGUAACCUGUAUUUUUUUUC